CAACUGAAUUGGUGCAUCAGACCGUAAUAAUUUACAAUUCUAUUUUGUUUAAUAAAAUGGCUUGUGUGUAACACUAGAGGUCUUAAAAGCGAAGACUGGUACUCCUCAAAGUCUCGUGACGUUCAGCUCACGAGCUGAUAACAAAAAGUCUUAUCAGCUAGGCGUCAUCCCUAGGCAAGGCAGCCUCACUCCAUUGGCUCUACAAUCUUCAUAAUAGACAUUCUCGAAGACCAAUGGCUUCCCGCUCUGGAGGCGGGUCUCACACAGUGGGCCUAUGGGAGCCUAGUUUGGCUCAGCCAAUAGAGUCGGAGUAGGGGGCGUGGCGGGAAGUUUGAAACUCGUAACUUCGGGAGUUGAUUCUCAAGCAGGUUUGCACCCCUAAGUGGAGUUGGGGCCCGGGCCCUACCCCGGCCCCUAGUGGAGAUGGGCUCAGCCAAGAGCGUCCCGGCCACUCCAGCGCAGCCUCCACCACAUAACAAGCAUCUGGCUCGAGUAGCAGACCCUCGCUCGCCUAGUGCCGGCAUCCAGCGCACUCCUAUCCAGGUGGAGAGCUCUCCACAAACAAGCCUGCCCACCAGAGAUGAGCAGGCCCAGGACCCAGAUCCUCGCUCUCCUACGCUUGGCAUCGCACGCACACCUAUGAAGACCAGCAGUGCAGACCUUGAGAGUCCACUGGUGAAACAGCUGAGUGAAGCAUUUGUGACUGAAGCCUCGAAGUCAAAUCUACCCCCAGAUCCUCUUCUGCCCCUGGGAGCAGUUUCAUCGUCUGAACUGGACUUGACUGUGGAUGCUCAUUUAUCCCUGGAGGACCAGACACAACCUUGGAGUCAGACCAAGCUCCCCUCUAAGCAGGUGUUGUCCACGGAGGAAGCUAGGCAGCCCACAGAAACCCCCGUGGCCAGCCAGAGCUUGGACAAGCUCUCAGAGGACCCUGAGACUCCCCGAUCUUCAGGUUCUAAGCGCAGUAGACGGAAACAAAACAGCAAGGUACUAGGGAGAUCUCCCCUCACCAUCCUGCAGGAUGACAACUCCCCUGGGACCCUGACACCACGACAGGGUAAACGGCCUUCUCCCCUGAGUCAAAAUGUUAGGGAACUAAAGGAAGGUGCCAUUCUCGGAACUGGACCACUUCUGAAAACUGAAGGGCGCAUGUGGGAGCCAGCCCAGGACCAUGACAAGGAAAAUCAACACUUUCCUCUGGUAGAGAGCUAGGCCCACUGUGGGCUCAGCCGGACUCCCUCGGGCCCUGCUGAUCUUGGGUCCUCUCGAACCUUCUUGCCCAGAGACUGGAGAAAGGCUUGUUUUCCUCAACUUCUCUUAAACUGCCAACUCUGGGACCUAGAGCUUUACUGGGCUUUGUGUCUUCCGUGUUUCUUGUAUAUUAAAGGCAGUGAUUUUAAGCAG